AUGUCGUUGGACAGUGUUAUUAUUGAAAAACUCGUAGAGCAAGUGUUCAAAUCUCUCAUGGAUCAAGCUCAAGCGGAAGUUGGAUUUGCAAUUGACUUCAGUAAUCAUUUAAAAGCUUUGAAGACACAACUCGACCUUAUCAAAGCUUUUCUUGCUGACACGAAUAACCUCAAAAUUAAGAAGGAGACUCUCAAGACAAGCUUGAUCAAGCUGAGAGAUCUGGUUUAUGAAGCUGAUGACGCACUGACAGAUUGCAUUCUGAGAUUUGAAUAUCAGAAACAUGGGUCCUGCGUCAAAUACACACCUGCUGAAUGUUUCUUCCGGUAUCAAAUGGGUAAGCAAUUGAAGGACAUAAAUUCACGCAUGGACAAGAUGGGGAGUAACUUGAGCUUAUACUUAACUCCACAGCAUCUUCUAUCCUUGGGAGAUAACACAUACCGAGCUAGGUUAUUUACUUCCCAGGAUUUUGACCCAUCUGAGAUUGUUGGACUGGAAGAAGAUACUGAAAAGCUAAAACAAUGGGCUUGUAGCACGAGCGGAGAUUUCAGCGAGGAAAAGUUAAUCAGGAGUAUAUUGGAACAGUUGGGACAAAAUCCCUCAUCAGGUUCUGACCUGGGCCUAAUGUUGCGUAGUAUAACCCUAUCACUUCAAGGUCUGAGCUGUCUCAUUGUCAUGGACGAUGUUUGGAGCUUUGAUCAAAACUGGUGGAGUCAGCUAUGUUCUGCUAUACAGAAAACAGGAAAGAGAAGCUGUGUCCUAAUCACAACAAGAAAUGAAGAUGUAGCAACCCGUAUGGGCGUUGAAAGCUCACGCAUUCACCAUCCAAAAGUUCUUGAUGAGAAGGACAGCUGGCCAAGAAAUUGUGGGGAAAUGCGGGGGCUUCCCCUGGCAAUUAAAACAAUAGCAGCCUUGCUUGCACCAAAAGUUCACAACCUGGGUGACUGGAAGGACAUUCUUGAUCACUUCCAUGAAUUGACCACUAGGGAACAGAAUAGCUCAGUUAAGGCUUCUUUGCAAUUGAGCUAUGAUGCACUCCCUACACACCUGAAGCAAUUUCUUCUGUGCUUUUCAAUUUAUCCAGAAGAUUUCGUGAUUCAAGCUGAGCAAUUAGUGCAUUGGUGGGUUGGCGAGGGCUUCAUCCAGGGCGAUCACUCGAAAACUGCAGAGGACUUGGGAUAUGAGUAUUUGACGGAACUAGUCGGAAGAUGCCUUGUUGAAGUUGUGGAGAGGCGUGGCUAUGAUGGAAGAGUCUACAGCUGUAAGAUGCAUGAUUUGGUACGUGAUUUAACAGCUUUGAUUGCUGAAGAUGAGAUGUUUUGUAGCUUUGAAGCAGGCAAGCAGAAAUUGUCACCAGAUUCGCGAUGGUUGAGCGUCACGAGUGAGAUGAGCACAACACCAUUAAAGCCUUGUUCAAAGCUCAGGGCAUUGCUUUUAAUGGCCACGGGUCAAGGUCAAGUUCCUUUUAAGAAGAUUCAUAUGGUGUCGCUUGACUCUCUCAGGGUGUUGGAUCUCUCUCACAUCAGUGGAGCUGUUGACCUUAAAGAAGUGCCAUCUUCAAUCCAGAAACUUCGUAACCUCCAACUUUUGAUAUUAGCUGGAUGCAGUCAUUUAACUAAACUGCAUCCAUCCAUCUCUUAUUUGAAGAAUCUCAUAGUCCUGGAUUGUGGAUCUUGUAGUCUCCAAUACCUACCCUAUGGAAUCGGAAACCUCUCUCAACUUCAAGAAUUGUCAGGAUUCAGGGUUGUAAGUCAAGCAACAACACAAAGUUGUCAUCUGCUUCAGCUACAACAACUGGUCCAACUAAGAGUACUUCGAAUGAACCUCAGUGACAAAAGCGAAAUCAUCGAAAGUGAAUGGGGUGUCUUAUCAAAGCUUGUAAAACUCAGGGUUCUAGCCAUCAACACUGAAGAUUGUAAAGAUAAAAGUAUCUUAGAGAUGCUAGAUAAUCUACACCCUCCUCCAAGCCUUCAGGAGUUGUAUCUGAGGCGCUACCGUCACCACACUUUGCCUAAAUGGAUUAAUCCUACAAAGCUUUCCGUUCUGCGAUACCUCUGCAUUGAGAAUGGAGACCUUAGCUCGAUCAACCCAAGUGCUCAUCCUGUUGAAGAGAAUUCCUCCUCUUGGGACUACCUUGAGGGUUUGUGUUUGAAAUUCUUGCCAAACUUGGAGGAAGACUGGAGUGACUUGCAGAAGACGAUGCAGUGGAUACGUUAUGUUGAGGUUAGCAGUUGUUUCAAUUUGAAAAAUUUCCCAUGUUCUGUUGACAGGCCUGGGAUCUGGAGGAAAGUUGAAGACUAA